CGCCGGCUGAUGCCGCUCAGCUGGAUACGGUGGAGGAUUUCGAGGUCCUGGAAGAGGAGGAGGAAGAGGAGGAAGACCUGAGCGAGCUGCCCCCGCUGGAGGAUGUGGGCAGGCCGGCCCCGCCGCAGGAGGACACCCAGCCCUCGGAGCAGGCUGGGGGGCAGGUGGCUGAGGACCCCGAGGAGUGGCUCCAGGUUUUGGGGAGCGGCUUGCUCAAGAAGAAGACGCUGGUGCCGGGCCAGGGGGUGGACACCCGUCCCCACAAGGGCCAGAACGUGACCAUCCGCCUGAAGGCCACGCUAGAGGAUGGGGCGGGGGGGGGGGGAAGCGUGGUGGAGGAGAACCCUGCCCUCACCUUCACGCUGGGGGACUGCGAUGUCUUGCAGGCUCUGGACCUGUGUGUGCAGCUCCUGGAAAUGGGGGAGACAGCUUUGAUUGUGUCAGAUGCCAAGUACUGCUAUGGCGCUCAGGGCAGGAGCCCUGACGUCCCACCCAACGCAGCCCUCACUCUGGAGGUGGAGCUGCUGGCAGCUCAGGACGCGCCGGACCUGGAGCUACUCAGUGGGAAGGAGAAGAUAGAGCUGGCCAAUCGAAAGCGGGAGCGCGGCAACUUCUUCUACCAGCAGGCAGAUUACGUUCUGGCCAUCAACUCCUACGACAUUGCCCUCAAAAUUAUCGGUUCCAGCUCUAAAGUUGACUUCAGCUCAGAGGAGGAGGCCGAGCUGCUGGACGUGAAGGUGAAAUGUCUCAACAACCUGGCAGCUUCACAGCUUAAAUUGGACCAUUAUGAGGCGGCCCUCAAGUCCUGUAACAUUGUUCUGGAGCACCAGCCGGAGAAUAUUAAGGCUCUUUUCCGAAAGGGCAAGGUCCUGGCUCAGCAGGGCGAAUACAGAGAGGCCAUCCCCAUCUUAAAGGCGGCAUUGAAGCUGGAGCCAUCAAACAAGACUAUCCACGCUGAGCUCUCCAAGCUGGUGAAGAAGCACGCAGACCAGAAGAACAUGGAAACAGAGAUGUACAGAAAGAUGCUCGGGAAUCCCAGCGCUGCCGGGACCCCGGGGAAGUACAAAGACAAAUUAUCCUGGUCCAUCCCCUGGAAGUGGCUCUUCGGUGCAACAGCCAUCGCACUCGGUGGUGUGGCCUUGUCCGUGGUGAUUGCAGCGAGGAACUAA